CAAGGUUGAAGAGUUUGCCAUCAGCUCUUGAGUGUAGGUAGACGCCUUCAGGGGAUGAGCCAAAUGCAAACGACAGCAGGAGAGAGAAGAAAAUCCCGAAGAGGGUCGGUGCAAGAACACAGCCCUGCUUCACUCCGCUGCGGAUUGGGAAGGCCUCUGAAGUUUCUCCAUCACAACAGACUGAACCCUGCAUGUUGUUGUGAAAUGAUGUCACGAUGCUGAGAAGUUUUGGAGGGCAACCAAUCUUUGCAAGCAGCUUGAAGAGACCAUCUCUGCUAACAAGGUCGAAGGCCUUUGUGAGGUCGACGAAAGCGAGAUACAAAGGUCUCCUCUGUUCACGGCAUUUCUCCUGCAGUUGUCGAAGGGUGAAGAUCAUGUCCACCGUGGAUCUUGCUGCCCUGAAGCCACACUGUGUCUGGAGAAGUACGGAGAUCCUGGGUUGCCCAUGCGUCAGAAUCCCCCUCUCGGCCUUGCUGAUGGGUUCCAAAGGAAUGCGAGCAUGACGUUUGGCACCAGCUUGGCUGCAGGAGCUGCCGAAACGGUGUUUGCAAGGCACCAUUCCGCCUUCGGGGCUCCACUCCUGAUUUGGAAGGUUUACUCCUUUACACGUGGCCGUUGGGUCAGACGUUGACCUCCUCCGCCCUGGUCGUUGGCUGUCUGAUGUAGCUCAUCCGCCCAGUGGUGCAGUGUAGAUACCACCCUCUCACGUGGUUUCGCCCGCCAGCUGAAGCGGUAUACCGGGGUGUGGCACUUGGAGCCAGCACGUGAGAGAUUUAGGAGAUGGAUGAGAACCAGUGAUGCCUGUCCACUCUACCAAGAGAGUGCAGCUGACAGACAGCAAAGUAGCUGUGUGUAAAGCGUACCAGUACUGCAGUAACCAUUGAUCAUGAUGUACUGCAGUGAAUGUCACCAAGAGAUGACGACAAUUUGAUGCUAUUGACAGUGACAAUGACAGGUGGCACGCUCAGUCUUCUACUUGGCAUUGUUGGUGCGGGACUUCUUCACACUGUGCUAGGUGGGAUUGUUGAGAAGGAUGAUCAUAUCUGGCAUACUUCUAGACACUUGAUGUCAGUUGAAGAUGAGGACACAGUCACAGACGGAGAAAAUUUUCCAGUUCCUUUGCUUGAUUUCUGGGUGAGUGGUAAGUCUACUCCUCAUCAAAUCGAUGGAGGGAGUAUACUGACCUAUAAUUGGCUUCUUUAUCACAGAGUGCAACCAGAACACACUGCAAUCAAUGUUACCUUUCAGGUUGACUUUCCAUUCCUGACUUUUCACAAAGACUCUGUCAACAUCACGCUUGCCAGUCACACAUUUGGGAUCAUAAAUGGAACAGAGAUUGCUCCCAUUGAUGUCACUUGGCUGGAAAACGAAAGCAAGAUUCAACUAACUGUGGAUAUUUCUGAGCCUUUGUGGAUCAACUUAACCAAACCAUGGAGCUUACCGGAUUGCUGGUGGACACCUGGUAAACAAUGUUAUCAGACAACCUAUCAAGAUUGCAUCUUGUAUGAUGCCUCAGUAGAGCAGAACUGGGAUCCUACAUCUUGCUACCAAUUCAACAUCUCUCAAUGUCUCCCUCACAACACAACCUCCGAGUGCUUCUUCCUUCAUCCAAACGAGUGUCGCACUCGUCUCAUCAAUACCUCAGCUGAAGACCCUAGCGAGUUUCUGUGUCCCAUCCAACCUAAUACUUCCUGUAUUCAGAUCAAUGAUAGAGGGUUGUACUUUGGCCAGUAUGAUUGGACGGUGCCCACCAAAGCGCCAGUUGUGACCAGCUUUGAGAAGGAACUGUGUGGUUUAACCACUUCAGAGAUUUUUAUGUAUGAGGAAGACCACAAUGGUACCAUCUACAAUGUGGACGAAAUGAUCAGUCAAGAUUCAGAGCGUAACUGCCACACUGUGCUGAUGAAACUACAACCAGGUCCCCCAACUCCUGCACCUACUUACGACCCUUACAGAGAUCUGCCAACCACCACAGAGUAUUCAGAUGCCAAGGAAUGCAUUAAUGUCAACACAACAGGGUUCUAUUAUCCACCUCCUGAACCUAUUCAUUGGCAAGAUUUCAACUUGACUGUUCUCAUUACAGGUGAACUGAGCAAUUUUGUUGAAAUCAAUCAGAAGUUCGAGCUGAUGCUUACAGCAAACAUCAGCCAGUCCACCAGGUCACCUGCUGAUCAGUUAACAUCAGUAACAGCUACCACCGAGUACACCGUCCAGAGGCCUAGUAUCAAGCUUUACACCUACCCUUCCUUCUCUGAGGAGAAACACAUCCUGAAACAUGAGCAGGUCUUCUAUUUACUCUACCUGAGACACCCAGAGGCAAGGAAUCAUGGGAUAGAACUCACCGUGUCAUUCCCUGCAGUGGAUGGACAAGUGCGUAUGACAUUCAUCAAUGAAACACCAUGGUGGGUGAUUGGAGCUAACCUAGUGACUACUACGCACGGUGCCAUGAUCAAUGAGACAUGUGAUGAAGCUGGUCAUGCUGUUACCAUAGAUACUGUGAAAACUGUGAUUGCUGACGAGAUGCCACCAGGAAUCACAACGUCCUUCUCAUCCACGGACCCAGCCUUAGGUGUACUGGAUCAGUUGGUAUUCCAUAUCGAUCCAUUCAUCAACCUCCAGGAUCAAACCAAAAAUAAUAAGGACAUCAUCAGGUUUUGGUUCUACUCUCGUGCUUUAACCAACGUCGUCCCAGACCAAGAGUUGAGUAUCGUAGCCAAAGCCUCCUACUUGUUCUCCCGUAGUAAUUUCCACACUACUAACACGCCCACGUUGACCGUCACUGUUCAACCUUUUAUCCCUUUGAUCCCUGCUGCUGAUCCGAACCAAUCCCCUGACACAGCUGAUUUUAUUCGUUACACCUUUGAUCUAUCCCACGUCCUAGACUUCUAUGUCAAUGAUAUAUGGAUGAAUGUUUCCUGUCCAGAACUUCAAAUUGUCCCAAAUACCCUUGAGAUGGUAUUCCUUGAACCAGAUAUGAACACCACGACUAAUAGCUCCAUUGAUCUGAGCUGGACGAGUGAGACAACGUAUUAUGUGCACCUGCCAAUGUUAUCUCCUGGAGUCAACCUGAGAGGCAACCAGACAUUCCUGAUGUGGAAUAACUCUAUGCUGACACAUCAAGAGAUCAUAUGUAAUGUCUGGCUAUCUUACAGGAAGGGAUCUGAAGCACUGAUCCUCCCCUACCUUGCUGGUCUAAGCUCCGCCCUUACCCUACCAGGCAUUUCAUAUGUCUUAUACCCUCAGGAUCUGCUUGGCUCCAAUGAUACUAUGUACAUGAUGACAGUAGGAUCCAAUGCAACUUACAUUCUCAAUAUCACUUUCCCUGAGACGUCCACCGAGCUUGGUGUUACUCUGUCAAUGCCGAAUACUGUUCUUGCUGUGUAUUACGCACAUUUGAUUCAUCAAGGAUCCAGGCUAACUCUAAAUGACACUGGCAUCACAUCAGUACUGACUACUUCACAAUACAUCGAUGACUGGAACAUCCCAUCAAGAACUACUGUUAACCUGGAUUUUGGCCUGGUGGAAAACCUAGCUGACAACAAGAUCAAUAGUGCAGGAGAUAACCUAAUACUGGAGUUCAACGUGGUCCUACAGAACACCACAGGACUUGUGUCUCGAGACAAUGAGCACGUCCUGACAACCACUGUCUCAUACUCCAACGGCAAUGAUUUGAUACAGGAACAGACCAUACAUGUGUGGGAGCCUGAGGUGACGUUGAGAUUGAACAUGACCAAUGAAACCAAUGCGGGAGACCCAGGUGAUGUCUUCCAGUACCACAUCCAACUGUCUCACACGGAGCUCUCUCAAAGUCCUGCCCACCACGUUGUCAUAGAGCUCCAUCUUCCCUACAUGGCCGUCUACCAGGACUUUAGUCCCAGUAAUGACUCUCAUGUUCCUACUACCAAGAUCUUCGAUUCACUUGGGCCGUAUGAAGCUGAUGGGAAACUCUGGUUGUAUCUUUAUAAGCUGCCGUUAGGAGACGUCAUUGAUGGAACGUUCUUGAUACAGAUAUCUACCAAACUGACUGAAGGAAUUGCGUUGUUAGCAACCUCCAGAUAUCACAUGUACAGUUUCUAUCAGUGGGGUCGUGUCUACCACUUCUCUGGCAUCAGUGAGAAUGUCAUCAACAUUCGUAACGCCACUCUGAUCUUUGAUGGAACCUCCCAUCCACAGACACCUGAUAAUCAGGUGACUAUUAAUGAGCAGGUCAUGUACGCUAUGCGUGUCCCUGUUCCUCCAAUCCCAAGCAAUUUGUCUGUAGCAUUGGAUUUGCCGCGAUAUCAACUGGUCCUCAAGACAUGGGAAGUCUUGAAGCUGAAGGAGGAAGUGCCUGACCAGUUAGCAAUUGAAGAAACUUUUUUGAGGCAGGGCUGCUUUCCGAAUGAUACAGUCACAGAUGCUUGUAUUUGCACUGACUCCCCCACUGGGAAUGGUACGUUCUAUAGAGUGUAUCCUGAUUGGCUGACUAGCUGUGAUGAGAUACCAAAAGAGAACUGCACGGGGGUGAAUUUGGACAUCAUCAAUGGAGGGGAUGCUGGGAAUGGGUCCAUAGGAAACACAACUUGUAAUGGAACUAGUAUGAAUUGCACUCAAUGUGGUUACAACAGCACCGGAAAUUGCUCCGUAGCUAAUAAAACUAUUGAAUAUGAUUCAUUCAAUGUGCCCCAAGUUUGUAUCUACCAUGACUGGCUUUACGAUGUCUGUAUUCAGUCUGUUCUUAAAGAGUGCCAAAUGAACUCUUCAAUUACCGACCUAUGGAGCCACAUCUUCCAGAAAGUACCUGAUCAAGGCAGCAGUGCUAACGAGUCCUUAACCAAUCACAUGCAAGCAGAUAAUUGGAACCAAUCACAGGCCACACCCACCCAGCAAUCACAGACCAAUCACACCACCUCCUUAUAUGCUAAUCAGACGGCUACCUAUCAAAGCCAACUGGCCAAUCAGACAACUCCAAGCCCUUCAUAUGGUAAUCUCACAGCUAAUAAUCAAAGCCAACUGGCCAAUCAGACAACGGGUACUGACGAAUAUGCAUCAGGACUGUCGUGCACUGAAUUUGCUCAAGCUUUCUGCGCAGUGGCUACUUUACACCGCUGCGUCAUUCCAGAGACGGUGCACAAUGAAACUGAUAGAGAUGAUAGGAACGCAACCUGUGCAUGUAGUUACUAUGAACCGCCUCCUUUUGAGCCCACAGCCCAACCCAAAACCGAGGUUGUGUCUGUUAACGGUACCAACAUGACCACCACCCAGGAUCCUUACCUUGCAUGCAGACAUCUGAACAUCUCUGCCGUGGUCACCACACCUUCACCUAAUGUAAAUGAUACCACAACAGCGCCCUCAUUGCCCAAUGUUUGCGAUGAAGAAGAAGAGGUGUUGUUUGGGUUGGCAUCUGUCGUCCACACUGACAUUUGGUCAUCCAGAGAGGGGGCAGUUUGUACCUUUGUGGGUGGCAAUCGUCACAAUCCAUUCCACCCAGGUGUGUACUACAUAUCAGAACACCUGCCUGCAAACCUAAGUGAGGGUGGUAGCACUAUCCAGGUCACCGUUACCAUGGUGAUUCUUGACCUCCCUGAGCUUAACCGUGGUGAUGUUCUCAUUCUCAAUGCCACAUCCAUCUUCUCUUACGUGAGCUACCCCAUCCCACCAAGUGACAUCUUCAGAGAGAAUUGCACCUGUCGCAAACCCUUAGAGGAACACUGGGAUGCCCUAGCUUCUAAAGAGUGCUUCUGUGAGACGUGGCACCUUGCCAACAUGUCUGAUGAUGAGUGUAACUGCACCAGUUACUAUGUGGAUGAUGGGGACACUUACACUGGUUCCCUAUCUUGUAACUGCAUCAACUACUGCUGGGGUAUACUCUGGUACUUUUUAAACCCACCACACGUGGCAGCAUUAGAGCAUUUUAAUCCUGAGUCUUGUGACUGCCUCACCUUGAACAGUACUAUCUCAUCACAUGAUCCAGAUUCGUUACUUCAUCGUCACGUGGAUAACUGCUUGGAGCAUUACAAGAGAAACUACUCCUGUCAUAAUCUGCAGUAUACCGUCACCCACCAUGAGAUUCCACUUGAUGCCAACUGUGCCUGCCAGAAUACAACUGUAGAGGGCUCCAUUCAAACCAUGUGCUCUUGUGACACUGGUGAAAUUUUAGCAAAAUUACAGGAACCGUUUGAUAGUAAUGUGAACGUUGAGUAUUGCAUGAACAACACAGAUGUAUUUAUUGGGGAGCCGAUCCUUCACACAUUUAAUGACAGUGAUUGCUCCUGCCAAGCUUUGAAUGAAUCAAGCACUGUUUUGUCUCACACAACUCCUGAAAAUGCAACCAUUCAGUCAUACUCCACAACGACUGCUCCGUCACCAGGGUCAGUCACCUUAAGCUGUAGCUGUAGGAUGACAUGUGGUGUCGAUGUUGAGCAUGAUUGUGUUGGGAUAGAUAGCGGGAGAUGUGCUAACGUCACACAUACCCACAUCAUACCUCUCCCUAACACAACCUGUCAGUGCCAGAAAAUGUACACGGUUCCACUCAACAUGUCUGAAGUGCUGGACUGGUAUCAACUAAGAAACGACAGCGCUGAACGUGAGAUAACUCCACACUCUAACCUCACAAACUUUGGUCAUGGAUAUAGUAACUCAAGUGUUUCAGGCAAUGGAACAUGGUUUAACACUACGCUAAAUGGAACCAUUGAUACAGGACUGAAUUUCACUGAUCUGUUACAUAGCUUAUACACCUAUGAGUUGGAAUGUGACUGUCUUGAACUUGAUAAAGUUGGGUUCCACGUUGACCCCUUGAAUUGCAAUGAGCAGCCAGCAUUUGAGACCUAUGACUGUGACUGCUUUGUGCCUCCGGAUAACGAGACACAGUACAUACUUGACCACUGGGAUUAUAAUGCUACAAUUAUUGAUCAGAUGAUUACAAGGAAGUCACAUGAAGUUGUUAUAAUAGAGCCUGAACUUCAGAUCACCUUUACUCGCCAUGCGGAACCUAGCAUUGUUGACAGUAUCGAUCCAGUUGUCUUUGACUUUGUAAUCACUCAUACUGCUGAGUCUAAUGCCCCAGCAUUUAAUGUGACCCUGCAAUUAGAUGCCGUGAACUUUACCCGUACGUCUGGCUAUGCAAAACUAGAGCUUCCCUCUGAGGAACCGUCAUGCGCAGGUGGAGCCACUCUCUGUGACGUCUCCUAUGAUAACUCAAUCGGUCGUUUCCACCUGCCACUCUUGCCUGUUGACCCAACUGGUGCAAUCUUCAAAGGCUUCUUCAACCUCUCUGUAGGGAAUCACAUUGACUUUGUUGCCAACUCUCUGAUCACAGCUACGGGUAUUGCUUGGUACGAUAGCAGCUUGAUAGAUUUCCCUGGUCGACUCUACCCAUCUAUCCUGGCUUCUGACACUGUUCAAAUUGACGCUCCAACCAUCUCAGCUAAACUAGACUUCACAACAGCUAACUCCAUGAUGUUUUUCACUAGUCAGUACGGGGAUCCCCCUCAAACCUUCUCUAUUGGUGAUUAUGUCCGCAUGGAGGCUAAACUCUGGAUUCCUGAGAUCACUUUACAGUUUCUCAACUUCUCUAUGGAAGGUGUAAUGCAGAAUUACACUGCCAACUCAGGCCGGGUCCUGCUGUCAGACAGGGUUUAUCAUCGGAAUGACACGCCGUCGAUCUACCUCGAGCUAGAGACUGAUCCUGAGCCAUCAGAGGGCUACUUCUAUCCUGGAAAACAGUACAACUCUGCUAGAUUUCUGGAGACAGGAAUAUCAGUGGUGCCAGGCGUUGUAGUCAAUGAAGCAGAUAACGUCGCUGAUGACCAAGACUUCAUCUUCCUCUACUUUACUUUCCGAGUCAAGGAUGAACCUUACUGGGUCCAGGGUGUGGAGAUACCCUUCACAAUAUCAGCAAUGUACGUCAGUGACUUCAUCCGAACACCUGUCCUCUUGGAAGAUAGUAGCAUCGUGUUGACAGUUGUUGAACCUCAGCUGAGUCUCAGGGUUGAGCUUCUAGACCACCCUUGGCAGUUGGAUCAGGUCAGGCAUGAGUCAGGUUACACCUGUACAGAAAACACCUGUUGUGCAUCAGAGGAAUGCAAUCAAGGGAGGACUUGCAUAACGGCUACUGAUAAUAUGCAGGAUUGUACUACAUCAGAAUGUCGUUGCUAUUCCGGUUUCACAUCCAAUGAGGAGGAGGGAUGCACAGCGGUUGGUAGAACAGCCGGUGACAUCAUUAACUACGGACUGACAGCUACACAUCAUGUUGACUUCACAGGCAACGCUUUUGAUGUGUUCAUCCUGAUCCACUCUGAGCUUCCCUCUGAUAUCAUCCCUGACACUCAUUUCAUCAGUCAUUCACCUCCUACUAACUCUCUGGAGGUUGAUAACUACCCAUCCCUUCAGCAGCUUAGUGAGCAAGAGUUUGAGUUGUACAUCAAGAGAUUCAAUCAAGCGCAGAUGUGUGAGCGGUUUACUGUGUCUCAUCGCAUCAGACCAGAUGUGGAGGUGUUUCCUGGAAAGACUUGGAUGACUCAGGCAUCCAUGUGGUACUACUCAGCCAAACCUUACGACACACUUGUACAAUUCAACGCAGAGUCUCGUCUCUACCACAUACCUGACAACAUCACCUUCAAUCUGACUGCACCUGCUCCUAGCGCUCGUUUCUACAUGUUACCACCUGCUGCUGGGGGCUCUAGUGCCAUUGAUUUCAGCGUUUACUCCUCGUCUGAGUGGCUACAUCAAGUGACAGUCAAUCUACGGGAGGAAAAGACGGUCAGGUUUGGCCUGGAGGUGGUUGUACCUAAGAUCAAGUGCAACAUGACGGUUUUAUUGGCACUUCCUCAAGGUGAUGGGUUCAAGUUUGAAUCAGUCCGCAUCACUGAGAUGGGCAGUCAAAUCAUCUUCCCUACUGAGAAGCUUUCUAAUGAGUCCUUGACCUCUGACCUUGAUGGUAACAGGUUCUUCUAUGCUGAGUUGCCUGAUAUCUAUAGUCAGCCAUUCACAAUGGACAAGCAGAGGGAAUUCAACUCUACCAUCCAGCAACGCUUCAAGACUAUGAGUGGGGAGCAGCGACCCUAUCCCACAAUGCCUAGCUGCCUUCCUGUCAACACCACGCACUAUGAGAAGUCAGUGUUACUCGGAUGCUUUCACAAUGUGGAUCAUCACUUUGAAGUUGCUAUGGCGACCAGGAAUCAGCCAGAUCAUGUUAAUGUCACCAAAGCGAUGACGAGAAAUCUGUGCCUGAAACUCUGCAGGGAUGCCAAUUUGCUCAUUUCUGCUACCAAGAAUGGCUCUGAUUGCUACUGUGGUAACCACACUGUGUACCGUCGCUAUGCUGCUGUAGCUCAUUCCUUGUACACACCUCUCAAUCGUACCUUCCUGGAACCGUUCAUUGAAACUGUCUACUACGAUUGCAACGAAACCAGGAAGGAAUGGAAUAACUAUACCGUGACUCACACUUGUAUGGAUCAAGAUGUGUAUGAGACUUGCAAACGAGAUGCAAAUCGGAGCUGUGAGAAUGAAACGGUGACAGAAUGUCUUGAAAACUUUGCUGUUAAUUGCCAAGACACGGCAGAGCUUGUAUGCAAUGAGACGAUGAAUCCUGAAUGCCUGGCUGUGCAGGUUGAGAACUGCACUAGGAAUGAGAUGCAGUUAUGUAAUGGACUUGCUGUGAGGAAUUGUGGAGGUUUAGCUCAAGAACCGUGUUUGGAGCAGGCUAGGGACAGUUACUAUCUGAUGAAUGAUUUCAGGAUGACGGAUAUAGAACAGAAAUGUUGCGUUGAUGCCUAUGUUGGUAUUUGCACCGCUGCAUACAAUGUUUCUUGUUCGGUAAAUGAUCAUGAGAAUUGUUCAGUGGAGGUGAGAGAGAAUUGCACCAUGGAAGGCCGUGAGGUUUGCUUAAACACUUCAGGGACAUUCUGGAACCAAUCAGCGAGUCAUUGUGACUUCCCAACUGUUACUAAACACAACGUGACGACAUCAAACUGCACCUGGCAGUUGUUACAUAACUGUAGUUCCUGUAUGAAUGAGGGUUUGGAGGGUUGUGAGGCAACAUAUCCGGGAGGUUCAAUGCGAGGUUGCAUUGAGGUUGCAAUUGAUGACUGCUUUGUAUCAUGUAUCCAUGAGGAUUGUCAGGAAGAGUUUCAUGAGGUACUAGUCAAGAGGUGGUAUAGCAAUUGUAGCCGAAUGGAAGCAGAAAGCUUUGAUGUGCUGUAUGCAGCUAAUUGCAGCCAGGAUGUCACUACAUGGCGCAAUGUCACCAGGGAAGUGGUGGACAUGGAACCAGUCACGUUGGACUAUUGCAACAUAACAUGUUCAGGUGAUUGUAACUCAACAUGUGGAGGUGAGGAGUUUGUCUUGAUGUACGGACCUUUAGAAGGCUCCUUAGCACAGCAGCAAUGUGAGUGGUAUGCUGGUCUGUACAACAGUCAGGAGGAUGUUUUCAGUGUGGAGUUUGAGUUGUCCAUCACACCGCUGCUAACAAAAGACAUGACUGAGAUCCUGCAGCCUUUCAUCAGCUAUGAUCACGGGAUAGACAGAAAGCCAACUAUUCUACCGUUUGCACCGUAUCGACUUGAGGCUGGAGCUAUCUGGCUGGAUAUGAAUGUCUGGGUUGCUCCUGAUACAGAAGGAUUUGUUCCUGGAGAUGUGUUGGAGUUCUACACCGAGGUCUUCCACAACCCUCUGUCCACCCUGACAGCUAGAGAUGUCUCCAUUGUCUGGAUGUUCCCAACCUACGUUGAAUAUGUCAACUUGACUAAUCAUCAGACAUCACUACAUGAUUACAGCAAACUGCAGCCAGUGCAAGCGCUCAGAACGGACCCAACAAAAGGAUUUCAGUUCUAUGUGCCUACUUUGAGAAACACGGACAUGAUAUCAUUUCACUUCCUGGUCAAGCUUGACCCCGAGAGGGCGCUAGCACAGGGAGAGUAUCACAUGGUUGCAUUGGCUGAGACUUAUUACUUCUCAUGGGAUUUGUACAAUCCCCAUGAAGAUGAGUAUAAACACAAUGUAGUGACUCACUAUCACGACGUCAUUCCAACCAAGAUCAGCUUUGAAGUUCCCACUUCAUACACAGGAAGACCGGAGCUUGAAGAUCUCAAGUUGUCUACCUACAAUGCCCUGUAUGAUGAGGUCCACAACAUCAUGUAUGCAUGCUUCUAUAACAACACUAAGCAUGUUUAUAAGGGUGGUUGCUUUAUGACUGGUAACCUCCCACCUUACAGAGUGGAGACUCCGCCUACGUGUGCUGACUACUGCAAUUGUACCUAUUUCUGGGAUCUUCCGUCAGGUGUCAACUGUUCAGAGUUUGAACCUAAACCUGAGAAUUGCUCCUGUGGCUGUCUCCCAGAUUGCUUGGAGGAUCAAUCUGCAUGCCAGGAGUCUUGCUACAAUUGUACUUGGUGUUCCUAUGAGCAACUGCAGGUGUGUCUGACCAGAUGCAGCAAUGUUUACACCAACUGCAGUCAGGACUGCUGCCUUGACACCUGCAACUCACAGCAUGAUGAAUGCCUGCUAGACUGCAGGAAAUGCCCCACAGAACUGGAUGUUCACCACAACUGCUCUGUUGACUUAAAUUGUACGCUUGAUUGCUCCUUGCACCAUGAUUCAUGUGCAGAGGAGUGUGUCAAGCCUCCUGUUACAUGCAAUGAUAACUGUACUGCUGGAAGAUCGGAGUGUAGGAGUAUUUGUGAGGAGGUCUGUGAAGGGCAGAUGGAAGUCUAUUAUCCAGGGAUGAAUCUGAAUUGUACAUUGGUCUGUGACUGGAAUUGCGCUUGGGCGGAGAGCCGGUGCUCUAAGGGAUGCUGUUACGAUAAGUGUGACUUUAACCGUACUCUGUGUGGUGAUAAAUGCCUGUACUCAUGCAAAGAUGACAACGAUUGUGUAUCAGAAUGCUUGGAUGAAUGUAGUAACUCUUUGGAGCUUUGUAGAGUUACCUGUGAUCCUCCCAAGGUACCGUGCACUCAACCUUGUAUCGCUCAGCUAUCGGAUUGUAAGAGUAAUUGUAAUCAAACUUGCGUAGCUGAGAUCUGUGAGGUUAUCACUAGCAAAAGCAAUUGUUCUAAUGCAACUGAGACUUCAGGAAAUGGUACGUCAACUGACUUUGGCUCAUCAUUCAACUGCACAGGUAGCAAUUGCACAAACCAUAAUGGAACUACAAGUCUUGCAUCUGACUGUGGUAAUAACACAGUUGAGUAUUGCUAUGUGUCCACUGACCUGAAUUGCUUAGGCCCUUGUAUGGAAAACUGUGACGCAAAUUUUGACCAUUGUGACCAGAAAUGCUGUCUGUUGAAAUGCCCUGUGCAGAGAGCAGGCUGCUUUGAGAAUUGCUCUGAUGCUUGUGGCAUGGAUGUGGAAUGUCUUCAAGGGUGCACUUUCACCUGUGCUGAUUGGUAUGACAGGUGCACGCUGGACUGCAUCGUGCCUGCCACUGACUGUCAGCCCAAGUGUGAGUCUCAGUAUCAGAUGUGUGAUGAGGAUUGUCAACCUUGUGGUAGAAGGGUUCCCGAUUCAACACCAACUCAAUCCACUUCUGACACCAUGGGUGAUGAGUCACAGAAUCAGACUGCUUCAAACAAUAGAACCGUGGUUUCUGACAAUGGAACCAUUUGUCUCAACGAGUCUGGUACCUGUAACCGUACGCUCAACGGUUCAAGCUGCGUGAAUGGAUCGCUGAAUUGCACAAGGAACUCGACUGUAGGUGUUCCAUCCGGUACUGUGAUGCCCACCACUCCAGUCAACUGCACAGUGGAAAAAGUCAACUGCCGAUCGGACUGUAAUGAAACACUAUGGAAUUGUGUUGAUCAGUGUCCAUGCGAUGAGUCUUGUUUCAGUCAAUAUUCAACUUGUUGGUCAACGUGUUUGGGAUGUGAAUCAGUCUGCUUGGGAGACUGCCACUCAAAUUGCUCAGUCAAGUCCAACAGGUGUAUCAACAUGUGUGCAGAGCCUCUAAUCAGUCCUGUUAUAGAUUGUGCACAGAAUUGUAGUGAGGCAUUUGAUGUGUGUGUUCCUGGGUGUUUGUACAAUCUCACAGUCAACAUCACUAGAUUGCUUAACACAACUGAUGGAGGACCAUCCAAUAUCUCAGAGUACAACACAGUGACCUUCCUCAACAACACUUGUCUGGAAAGAUGUGCUGAAGCUAACAUUGAUUGCCUGGAUCCCUGUGUGGCCGCAUUUUCUGAGAAGACCUGCACUGAUCAGUGUUUUCAAGGACCUGGCUUCAAUGACUUUUGUUCAACACAGUGUCACAACUUUGCCUAUGUUUAUAGCAAUGCCACAGUGAACAAGACAUUUGAGAGUUGCUACCAGGAAUGCUUGUCUGGGUGUGCCAACUGGACCAAGAAUUCAAGUACUGUCAACAGUACUUCCAAUGCUCCUACAGAAGGUCCAUCAACUGACUCACCAAACUCUACACUUGGAGGAGCUGCCACUAGUACUUUACCUACCACUCAAUCAGUUUCUGAGAAUGGAACCUCCCCGUCAGGUACAGCCUCACCGACAACUUCCUCUCUGACAGCAACUCAUUGUGUCAGAGACUGCAGACCUGUCUUUCCAGAUUCCUUCAGCAGCUGUUCUCAUGAUUGUGGGACUACAUUCAACAAUUGCACAAUGCAGUGUGUGAUGCAGACCUCAUCUGAGAGUCUCAACCAGUCGCUGGGUUGCACUCAGGGUUGCGGUAAGGACUACAGAGCCUGCAGCCUGGAUUGUGCCAACAAUCUAGUGUUUGAUAAUUGCAGUUCAUCUUGCCAGGAUGCCAGUCUCACAUGCCUUGAUAGUUGCCACACCUGCUUGGAAUGUAGAGCUGAUUGUCACUUGGAUUGCAAUCGACAGAAGUCCCAGUGCCUUGGUGUUUGCUUUCCACCCACCUGUAAGGAUGUGAGAUCCACCUGCCUUCACAACUGCUCAAUUUGUGACUGUACAGAGGGCUGUAGCAACAACUGCUCCUUACUUACUCAGGAUUGCCAUCAAGACUGCUUGCCAAAAGAAAUCAAGUCCUGCAAAAGUGCUUUUGCAGCUUGUCACGAAGAGUGUUCAACGAACCCUACUUCUAGUGGUAAUUUCAGCACCAGUUGCCCUCUGAACUGCAGUCUUUCAUAUGCCAUUUGUGUGGAAUCCAGUUGGCCCAACAGAUCCAAGUUUGAGAACUGUACAGUAGAAGGUUGCUCUGUCUCACAGUACAAUGUAAUGAAAGAUUCUUCAUCUGAAUCCAACACAUGUAAUGGCAGUAUUGGCAAUGAAUCUGGCAGUCAGACUGCUGUUUCAUGUAGCAAUUCAACGAACCUGACUUCAUCAUGCAACAGCCUCUGCAUGGCAUAUCAAGUCUUUGACCAUUGCCAAUCUUCCUGUAAUGGAUCUAUGCGUGAAUGUCUAGACACCUGCCAUAUAUGUCAGAAUGGCACAGCAUGCUAUGCAACCUGUUCUGCUCAAUGCAUCAAUGACCAUUACUACUGCUUUGUAGACUGCUUCACUGCAGCCUUCCCAAGUAACUGCUCUAGUAACUGCAGCAUCUUUGAUGCAGCGUGUAGUUCUAAUUGCAUAAAUUGCACGAUGUGCCCUGAGUGUGCACCGACUUGCGAGGCAGACUACAUCAACUGCACCACUCUGGCAGAUGUCGGUACUCAAAUGAACUGGGAUAAUGCAACUGUCAAGAAUUUCAGUGGAUUUCAUCCAAACUGCACUGCCUAUCAUAACUGUUACAGUGUUUGCAUGAGUAAUGCAUCUUAUGAGUGCCAUGAAGGUUUGAAUUGCAGUGAUUCAAAUUGCACAAGACAGUGCCUACAGGAGUUCAUUUCUCAUAGUUGCAGCCUCCAGGAUAACUGUACAGAGUACUGGAGCUUAUGUGAAAACCAUCAAAGGAAGAGGCGUAGUGUACCUGCAUUGGACCUCUUGAAGUUGGAAUUCUCCCCACAGCAUUUAAAGAUGCCCAACUUUGAUGAGCUGUUCCUGCAUGAAAAGAUUAAGCAGAGGUUCUGGAAGGAACUCUUGACUCCAAGACAGUCUCCCAUGAGAAUGCGAGAUCAAGAAAACACCAUAGAAAGCUCCAAUGUGGUGUUAAAGAAAACUUCAUCCAGUAAAGGGAGUCAUAUGGUCGAUGUCGCUGUGUCAAUAUCUAGCACCAAAUCUCCAUCUGUUGAAGAACUGCGCAAUAACAUGUUGGCUUCAAACGUGGCCAUGCUAAUUUCCUACAUGGCAACUCAGGUCAAUCCAUUCUGGAAGUCUUCACAAAUAAGCGAUAAAAGUUUGGUAACUGAUCACAGACAGAACUUUGCUGGAUCUGGGAGUAGCAUUUACAAUCAAGUUUUCAAUCUUGUGAAUCGGAGGUCAGCUGCUCAACCCAGAGAUGAUAGUCUACCACUCUUGAAGGCCAUUCAUCAUGUGCACAGGAGAAGUGUAGACAAUCCUGAGAAUGAUACCUACUCGUAUUCUAACGGUACAAGCAAUCAACUCAACGCAACUGGAUUCUUCAAUGAUACUUAUCAGUCACACGUCGUAGAUUACAGAUAUCCAGACUGUUCAAGUAAUGUACUAUACCUUCACUAUCAGAGCUGCCUACAGAACUGCAGUAUCAUUACGCAAGUGUGUGCAAUUCAGUGUGCAAAUUUCAGUGCUUUUUGUAACGACUCGUACAAUGAUACAUCAGACUGUACAGCAUCCAAUUCCAGUAGACCAGGAUGCUCUUGUUUUAAUGAAACACUGACUAACUUGGGAUAUUGCGUUGAUGUCUGUUCUGGAGCGUGCCGAGAUGUUUGCGAGGAGUUCAGACCAGUGGAGCAUAAGGAGUGCUAUGAUAAUUGCAACGAAACCAUAAUGUACUGUAGUGGAAGGAACCAGACAAGCCGGUGUGAUUUGGCAAGCAAUUCAUCAACUGCAGGUGGAAGUGGUAAUGUAUCAACUAGCAACACAACCUGCUCAGUUGUCACAAAUGGCAGGUGUGAAUCCAACUGCAGUGAUCUAUGUGCUCUCCCUCAACGUACUAACCUCACAACAUGUCAGCAGCAUUGCAAUCAGAUAUCUUCAUUCACUGACUGCCUACAAAUCUGUGACAAUUCCACCUGUUCAGAGAAUGUCACCUGUAACUGCACUUGUAAUUGCUCCGCCCUUCCUGAGCUUUGGACCAAUCAGAGCUGUUCUUACUUGGAGUGGACCCAUGACAUUCAGCCUUGUGUUUUGAAGAGAACAACUGAUGUUUGUACCUGUGCUUGUGGUUGUGUGAAGAUGGCGAGGAAGUAUGUGACGACCAGAUGGAGAGCAUUACAUUCCAAUGUAGGCAACCUCCUUGGCAUAGAUCCCACUACCAACACACUAUACGCACUCUCUCAUCAUGGCUUAGCUAUCCUACGAAGUCAUGACUACGGGGAAUCAUGGCUGGCUGUCACGUCAGAUGUCUGGAAUUCUGCACUCAAUGGAGAGACGUUUGUUGCUUCCACAAGUCUGAUCAGGGAUACUCUGAUGGAGAUGGAGCCCAGGCAAUUUAUCUUUGCUUCUGGUUAUUGGAAUGACACAUGGGGAGUUUCUGGAGUUGGCGUUCAUUGGUUUGACAACAGCACCAAGGAGUGGAAUGUUGCAGGUACCUGGCAAUGCUGCAAGGCUCAACCAUAAGACAGCAUCAAACGACUACAACCAAUUCCACAAAUCUUUAAUGCAAUGGCGGAACUCUGCUUGUGCCACAAUAAUAAGCGAGUUCAGUAUUGCAACUGCGCAUGUGUACAUCAUGAUUUGCCAUGUUUUCUUUCGGGAUUUCAUUUCAUUAUAAAGAUUUUAUUGUAUUCGUGCAAAAGCAUAGCAUGGUAUCGGGAAAAUUGAAGAGAUCAUUAUGUUCUGAAGUAUAACAUUUUGCAAAAAGCCUUAGGAAAGCAAAGAGUUUUUAGGUGUCUUGUGUGUCAAAACUUUUGUGCGGACGAAAAGUCUAUCUCUUUUUUAUUGCAAAAAAAUUGUAAAGAAUGCAUAUUUGGUUCACAUCCCCCAUAGCCUUGUGUGCAGUUAUCUGCCAUGGUUAUACCAAAAAAAUAUUGUCAAAUCUUGCUGUGCACGAGACUAUUUUGGAAUACUGAAUUGGCUUAUUGCAUAAGUUGUGCAACAUGCACACCGCCCAACAUUUCACCUAUAACACAUUUCACAAAAGUCCCGUAGUGUGUAAGUUCACGACUUACAAUUACAGCGUAACUUGCGCAUUAUCUGUGGCGUAGCCACUGAUAUGACCUAUUUUAGAGGUAAAUUGUCAUCGUCAUGGAGUCAUUGCACUUCUAAGGUUGAUACAAGACACUCACAGUUUCGUGUUUGAGGUAUUAAUCACUAUUUUACUCAUGCAGAAAUUUUAGAGUUGCCGCACCAAAAAGGAAGAAAUUACUUUUAAAAUGACAGGCCGAGAUGAUUCAAUGACUGUUUACAAACAGCUUGCAUAAUUCUUUGUCCAAUAUGUUUAGAUUUAAAACAUUGAGUUUUGUGAAAUCGAUAAUAAGUUUAUUGCGCAGCUGCACGCAACAAAAUCAAGGCUGUGAUUGGGCAUACGUGAUUGGAUGAGGCUUAGUGGAUCGAUCUAGUUUCAGCAAGAUGUGACGAUGAAAUGGAAUGUGCCUUUUAUAAUAUCUGACUUGUUGAUUAAAUAAAAUUAACUUUACAAAUGAAAUUUACCUUUUGAACAUUUUUACAGAUUUAAUUUGUUACACCUGUUAAACUUGUUUUUUACAAAUGUUUUGAAAUACUAAAAUGUUAGAAAUUUACACACAUGUACCCCCAAUUUGAACAUUUUUACAGAUUUAAUUUGUAACACACGUUAAACUUUUACAAAUGUUUUGUAAUAUUAAAAUGUUAGAAAUUUACACAUAUGUACCAUGUGGUUCAUAUAUAUGUACAGUAUUUCAUUCAUAAUAUUUCAGAUAAAAGCAUUACCAAUGUACACAUUGGUACUUGUACAUAUUCAUGUACUUUGAAAACUCAUCAAUAUUCUACGAUAGCCCUUGAAUUUAUAAUACGGAAUUAACUGAAUUAUAGAAAAACUGGCUUGUUGUACACGUCCAGUAAAAUGUCAUGUUUAUUUCUAAUUGAGCUACAAAUUUACAUUUACAUAAUUAUGUACUAUGUUUGGAAUCUUUGUAUCAAAAUAAAUGGCAAAUAAUUACAAGGAAAAUUUCUAUUUCAGUUAAUUAAAAAUAAAGUAUUUACAAUGUUUAAACAUGGCAUUCAUUGCAAUGUACCAUAUUUCAGUCCCAUGUUAAAUCAUGUUAAAUGUUACAGUUGUGGAUGUUCAAUAAAAUAAAUAAAAACUUCAU